AUAUUAAGCCCCGCCCACCGGUUUGACUGCCCGUCCGAGAGUGACUGCGGUUGCAGAGACCGGUUCCUCCUCUACCGGACAUUUAUGGUUUGCCUUUGGCCGUGACGUGUAACCGGCCACCGACGAUUUACAUAGUCACAGGGGGAUCGUCCGCGUAGUGAAUGAGGGAGGUGAAAGACGAUAGUGGGCCUGUGAUAAUGUCUACAGACAGAGAGCCUCCCGUCACCGCUAAACUCCUUCACCUCAUGUUUCUCUCCACCUACUGGGGAAUGCAGAUAUGGGUCACCUUCAUAUCAGGCUUUGUGAUGGACAACCAUCUAAACCGACACACAUUUGGCUUCAUUCAAAGCCGGCUUUUCCCGUUUUACCUGCAUAUCGGCUCAGCCUGCGCUUUCUUCAACCUCACCAUCUUUGCCAUGUACCAUCCCAGCAACAUGCUGGAUGACAAAGAGGCCUUCCAGAUCUUAAUUUUUUUCGUCUGUGUGACCGUGGCGGCAGUGAAUGCCCAGUGGUUUGGUCAGAUGACCUCUGAGAUCAUGGCCGACAUGCAUCUGAUUGAGCAGGCCUGUGGAUUGGGUCAGGACAUUGGACUCUCGUCCAAUCGAGAAGCUUACGCCAAACUUUGCGAGACAGACCCGAAGUAUAAAAAGCUGAGCGCUCGACUGUGGCUUUACCACCUGCUAUCCUCGCUCUGUAACCUCUGCUGCAUCAUCUGCAAUGGAUACAGCCUUUAUUACCUGGCAGAAAACCUCACCACGCUCUGAUGGCCUUCAUGAUACAUGCUGGAGUUGUGCUCCCACAAUGCAAUGCAAAACCCUCGGUUAGUGUCUGUGUGAAGACCUGCACUCAGGUACUGAAUUACCUCCAUCGGUGUCUUUUGUAUUUAUCUCAGUUGUGUUUCUUUUAGCCUGGAUAUUUGAUGUACGGGGGUGUGCGAUAUUUAUUGUCUGUGAGCAUAUUGUUGGGUUAACGAUGUGUGAGACAAAACAAUAUAUAUUUUAGUGUCACUAUUAUUAAAAAACCCCACAAGUAAACAAAUUGUGCAAUAAAAGCACUUAUUGUGUCAUUUGAAUGUA